UGAAUCGCUGUUAUUUAUUUAGGUUAUAUUUUAAUAAGUGCUGUGAGCUCCAAAGUAGAUAGUUGUAUAAAUAGUGAGCUGUGUAAAGAAUGGCAAAGAAACGCCAAAAUAAUUUUGUUAUAGAAGAGGAAAAGCUUCUCAUUUCUUUAGUUCAACAUCACAAACAUAUAAUUGAGUCGAAAAAAACAGGAAACACAAGUUGGACCGACAAAAAAGUAGCAUGGAAAUCAAUUGAAAAGCAAUUUAAUAGCCAAAGUCAGAGAAAUGUUUACAGAAGUGCGGAAAAUUUAAAAGAAAAAUACAAUAAUCUAAAAAAAAAACAAAAAAGAAAUACAGUGAGGAUAAAAUGAAUAUUUUGAAGACAGAAGAUGGUUCUUAUGUUUCCCCUGAGUUAAAUGAAGUAGAUAAAGCCAUCUAUGACAUAAUUGGGCCUCAAAUAGAUGGGUUAAAAAACAAACCUAACCUAACCUAUGAUGAUGACCAAGAUAAUGUCUUGAAUUGUUCAAGCAGUGGUACUGAAGAAGUACAAAAUAGAAAAAAAGAUAUUUUGAUUAUGGAUAUUGUUUUACCUUCUGUUACAUCUCAAAAUGAAGAAAUCCAAAAUCUAAACAAGAAUAUUGAAACAAAUGAUGAAAUGAUUAUUGAAAGUCUUAUAGAUGAUAAUAGUUUGCCUAGAAAUUAAGAAAUAAUCGAGGAAAAUUGUAAUGAAGAUAACACCUGGAGCAUUUACACAAAAAAAUCUAAAAAGACCAAUAUCUGAACAAUUAAAAGUUAAAAAAAAAGCAACAAGUAUGUUUGUUAAAUUUUCCACAAAUAACUUUACAA